AUGCCGCUGCGCUGCUCGACGCCCGCUCUGGGCCUCAGGGGAGGGGCCGCGCGUUCUCGGCGGGGCGCCACGCUACGGGUGGAAGCUAAGAAGCAAACUUUUUCUUCAUUUGAUGAGUUGUUGGAGAAGUCUGAGAAGCCUUUAUUAGUUGACUUCUAUGCAACUUGGUGUGGUCCAUGCCAAUACAUGGUUCCCAUACUUGAAGAAGUCAGUGAAAAGUUAGGCGACAAAAUUCAAGUUGUGAAAAUUGAUACUGAGAAGUACACUAGCAUUGCAAGUCGUUACAGAAUUGAAGCAUUGCCAACUUUUAUCAUAUUCAAGGAUGGGAAACCUUGCUAUCGCUUUGAGGGAGCAUUGCCUGCUAACCAGAUGAUCGAACAGAUUGAGAAUGCUUUGGCAGUCAAGAAGUAG